AUGAUCCCAGCUGACAAUAAAAGUGGAAUUUUCGGAUAUAUCAACUACCUGAUUGAAAAAGACCGUGCCUAUAUCAUUCAGACUUUGGUCAAUGGCCUUUCAAGACUCGAGUACAGAGGCUACGACUCCGCUGGUCUGGCUGUGGAUGGAGACAAAAAAAAUGAGGUCUUCGCUUUUAAGGAAGUGGGGAAAGUUGCCAAAUUGAGAGAACUUAUCGAUAACUCGGACUUCGAUCUCACCAAGACCUUCGACUCGCAUGCUGGUAUCGCUCACACUCGAUGGGCUACCCACGGUCCACCCUCUAGAUUGAACUGCCAUCCCCACAGAUCUGACCCUAGCUGGGAAUUCUCUGUCGUCCACAAUGGCAUCAUUACCAACUAUAAAGAGCUCAAGGCCCUCCUCGAGUCCAAGGGUUUCCGCUUCGAAACUGAGACGGAUACUGAGUGCAUAGCCAAGUUCGCCAAAUACCUCUACGACCUUCAUCCAGAUAUCGAUUUCACCGUGCUCGCAAAGGCUGUCGUCAAGGAGCUGCAGGGUGCGUUUGGCCUCCUGCUGAAAUCCGUCCAUUACCCUCAUGAAGUUAUUGCCGCCCGCAAGGGUUCUCCUCUGGUCAUUGGUGUCCGCACCACCAAGAAGAUGAAGGUGGACUUUGUCGAUGUCGAAUAUUCCGAGGAUGGCGCUCUCCCCGCCGAGCAGGCUUCGCAGAAUGUCGCCCUUAAAAAGUCUGCUGCCAGCCUGUUGGCACCCGCAGAUAAAUCCCUCUUGCGCCGCUCGCAAUCCCGUGCCUUCUUAUCAGACGAUGGAAUCCCCCAGCCCGCUGAGUUCUUCCUCUCUUCUGAUCCAUCCGCUAUCGUCGAGCAUACCAAGAAGGUGCUCUACCUUGAGGACGAUGACAUUGCCCACAUCUUCGAAGGUCAAUUGAACAUCCACCGUCUUGCUAAGGAUGACGGUACCUCCAACGUCCGUGCCAUCCAGACCAUCGAGCUUGAACUCCAGGAGAUCAUGAAGGGUAAAUUCGACCAUUUCAUGCAAAAGGAAAUUUUCGAGCAGCCGGAAUCAAUUGUCAACACAAUGCGAGGCCGUCUCGAUGUUGCCAACAAGAAAGUCACUUUGGGUGGACUAAGACAGUAUAUCACUACCAUCCGCCGUUGCAGACGUAUCAUUUUCAUCGCCUGUGGCACCAGUUUCCACUCUUGCAUGGCUGUCCGGGGUGUUUUUGAAGAAUUGACCGAAAUCCCCAUCGCCGUCGAGCUGGCGUCUGAUUUCCUCGACAGACAAGCCCCCGUCUUCCGCGACGAUACCUGUGUAUUUGUCUCCCAGUCUGGCGAAACGGCUGACUCCCUCAUGGCACUCCGAUACUGCCUCGAGCGUGGCGCGCUGACAGUGGGAAUUGUCAAUGUCGUUGGUUCGUCCAUUUCCCUCCUGACACACUGCGGUGUGCACAUCAACGCCGGCCCCGAAAUCGGUGUUGCGUCCACCAAAGCGUACACCUCGCAGUUCGUCGCGAUGGUGAUGUUUGCGCUAUCGCUGAGCGAAGACCGGGCUUCAAAGCAGAAGCGACGGGAGGAUAUCAUCGACGGCCUGUCUAAAAUAUCUGAUCAGUUCCGCCAGAUUCUGAAAUUAAGCGAGCCGAUUAAGGAAAUGUGUGCCAAAUUCUUCAAGAAUCAGAAGAGUCUCUUGUUGUUGGGUAGAGGGAGUCAAUACUCUACCGCCUUGGAGGGCGCCCUCAAAAUCAAAGAAAUCUCCUACCUGCACUGUGAAGCCGUCAUGUCUGGCGAACUCAAACACGGUGUCCUCGCCCUCGUCGAUGAGAACCUACCCAUUAUCAUGAUCCUAACCCGCGACGGAAUCUUCAAGAAAUCCCUAAACGCAUACCAGCAGAUAAUCGCUCGCCGCGGCCGCCCAAUCGUGAUCUGCAACACAGGUGACGAAGAAUUCCCCGCAUCGGAAACCGAGCGCAUCGAAGUGCCAUCGACGGUUGAUUGUCUGCAGGGUCUGCUGAAUGUCAUCCCCCUGCAGCUGAUCGCAUAUUGGCUUGCUGUAGCGGAAGGAUUGAAUGUGGAUUUCCCGCGUAAUCUCGCCAAGUCGGUUACUGUCGAGUAG